AUGAUUCAGUGGUUGGGAAUCUGGACCUACAUUUGGGACAUUAAGUUCCUAAAGAUACAAGAAUUCAUGCUGGAUAUCUGGCUUGCUUACUCCAUACCAUUACCAUCCAGCCACAGCCAACUGUUAUCCUUAUGUGUGAUCUGCUCCUGUGUUGCAGCAUCUGUUGGAGGCCUCUUCUACUGCUGGAUGUUUUCCUCUCUGCAAUAUUCCUUUCAGUUUUCUGCCUUGGCAUCCUCUGUCCUUAGUUUCCUGGUGUUCUUAAUCCUCUUUUUGGUGCAUCCAGUUCGGUGCCUGUUUACUAUAAUUGUGCCUACAUUAGGGACUAGACAAGGACGAAGGCUGCUGCUGUCUGCCUGCUUUAUGAUUGUAGCUGUCAACAUUAUCCCAAAUAUUAUGAACAAUAUCCAAGCAAUCCUGAAAAUCAUUAAAUGCACCUGCAAGAAUUCCAUGGAAAGCCUUGUGGCCUCAAUGCUCUUGUUGGGUAAUGCUUCCUGGGAUUUCAGCCACUCUCUCAAAAGCAUCAUUGACCAUAUGCCGGAUAAUUUUUUUAGUUCAAGGGAUAGCCAUGUUCAGUUUAGAAAUGACAGUAAUAUCUUCCAACUAAAUGAGAAAAUGGAUAACAUUAGCCAAAGUAUCAAGGAAGAUUUUUUAUAUGCUGAUAAAUUGGUCCAGAAGGUCAUACUUUUGACCAACCGGGUGAUGGCUGGGUUCUUUCUCUUCUAUCUCCUUUUUCAAGCGACAUGGUACCUGAAGAACUAUCUUACAGAUGUUCGUUUUGAUAAUAUUUACAUUACCCCAAAGCUGGAAGAUUUGGCUCGGGAAAACAAAACAGCUGAUGUACUGAUCUGCACAUCCAGGAAGUUAAUUAAACCAACCAGCUUCAAAUUGUCCCCAAAAGAACUCAAGGCUUCCCUCAGACAUGUUUUUCUUCUCACAUUAGUUCUAGUGGUGAUGCUGCUUGUCAUAGCAGCUGACUACAUUGCAUUUCAUUUGGCACAAACAGCUGUAACUGAAGUCACUCGGAUCCCUGUUGUCCCAGUUACGUUCUGGGUAAAAUAUGAAGUGAGUACUGAAAUCCAACCUUUCCUAAUGGUUUUAUUUGAGAGAAAUUACCAUCAAAACUUGACUUUCGUUUCUUCUAAAUGCUUCAUGCAAAUGCCAAAUCCUCCCCACACAGCUUUGGUUCUGGCCGUUGUGCUUCUCUUUGGCAUCAUUUAUGCUACGGUAUUUUUGGAAGCAUACUCACACCGUCUGUGCCGAAAAAUUUCAGCCUCGUUUUUUGAGAACCAAGAAAACCAGAGAAUCCAGUACCUCUACAAGAAGCUUAUUAGAAAGCACAAGAAAAAAGAGCAACAGGAGGCAUCGGUACUUUGUUGA